AUGGCCACCAAACUAGUCUUCUAUGACAUUGCCAUGCGCCCUCCAGUUGAAAAGAACAACAGCCCCGUAAACACUUGGAAGACCCGUCUAGCCCUGAACUUCAGAUCACUCCCCUACUCAACCAAUUGGGUCCAACUCCCCGAUAUAUCCAGCGUCCGGACAGGCCUCAACAUCCCCGCAUGCCGCAAAUUCACCGACGGUACAGACUUUUACACCCUUCCCAUCCUAGUGGACCCAACAACAUCCCGCAAACUCGGCGACUCCUUCGACAUUGCCGUCUACCUACAAAAGCAAUACCCUGCCGGAAACGAUCUUUUCCCGCCCCAGCCCCUAGACUACGUCUUCAGCACGGACGUCGCAAUUUUGAUUCCUUUAUCUGAGUGCGACGAGGGUGAAUACCCCGAAUAUGCACGCUUCAAUGUGAAUGUCGAUUCUGCAUUUACCUCGCACGUCAUACUCAUGGCUCAAGGGGUACCCUUUGAUCCUGCAACUGCCGAGGAGAUGAAGGCAGAGUUUGUUCGGCGGGCUGGGGUGAGCUGUUGGGAAGAUUUUGUUCUUACCGGUGAGCAGCGUGAGAAGCUUAUUAGGUCCUUCCGGGAUAUGCUGGGGGAACUGGCGAAGCUUUUUGGGAGGGAUGGGCCAUUUUUGCUUGGGGAUCGGGCUAGUUAUGCGGAUCUUAUUGUUGGAGCUUGGUUAAGGAUGGCGAGCAUGACUUUGCCUCGUGAGGAGUGGGAGUUAGUUAGAGGGUGGCAUGGUGGUGUUUUUGGGAGGUUGCAUGAUGCAUUGGAGAUUCAAGCUGCCACGGGGUGCGUUGGGGCUGCUUUGUCCAUCGGUAUUGGUGCUGUCAUUAGUGCCCAUGGUGGUACCGGCACAUCCGAUGCAUUGAUUCCUUACAGAAUCUCCGUGGACAACGUUAGCUACGCCCAUACUACCCAUGAGGGCGUUACCCACAAUUUCAUCAACACUUCGGUUCUGUACCACGACUGGCACCACGUGCAUGCCAUCGAUCAGCCCAUGAACCUAACAGUGAGUAUGCUUCCCGAUGGAAGAGUCCAUGCCCGCACCGUUGGAUUCAGCGCUAUGGACUGCGGUGAUAAUUGUCCGGACAAGAAUGCCACCAACCAACUCGCAGCUCGAUCGGGAUCUGUGCCAUCUCAUGUCCAAGAGAUCGUUUUCGCCUGGUCUGCCCGGAAAGGAUGGUCCUCGAAGACAGAAACUAGGCUCAAGGGAGCCGUGUUUGGGGCAGCAUAUUAUGUGACUCACGAACCAUCCGGAGCCUUCCAGUUUUGCUCCAGUGCAUACUUGACUGACGGCACGAUUGCUCAUGUUGGCUUCAACUUCUAUGGCGACAAAUACACACCCAACAUACCACCUGCUUGUUAA